UGAAUUAAUGUCAAAACUACAAGAAAGUAACGAACUUUCUGAUUGAGAAUGAACCUUGAGCACUGAGAAGGGGGAUUUCCCUUUUAUCUCUAAAUAAUUACUUUUUUGCCAUUUUGAUUGAUAAAAAACGUGGAAAGUGUUCGCGAAAGUCAUCAACAAGAAAAUGGCUGAAAUUCCUUCGGAGGAGAUUCUGCUUGCAGCAUCCACGUUAGGUGAUCAAGUUAACUUGAUGGCUAAAUUACAGCCUUACCUGAAAGGUGUUCUCUUUGAUAAAGCUGAGGCUGUAUUUGGGGAAUUACUUCUAGAGUCCAAAAACCGCUUGAAUGGAAAAUCCUUUGAAAACUUUCAAUCAGUAAGUUACUUUAUAAAACACGCUUUGACUGAUGAACAACGUGAAGAGCUCGCUGAACUUCUACGUAUUGGACUUAAAAACAUUGGAAAUGUCGAUGUGAUACUCGCCAUUGCUAUGGGAAAUUUGUCCGUUAAGCGAAUCAUUCUAAAUAUCCUUUGGCGCUUCAUUGUAAAUCGCAUGUCGAAAGCUUUGAAAAGUAAAUUGUGAAAUUAAUUAAAAAGGAUUUUUUUACAAGCUAGUAGAGGCAGAAGAUUACUUACAUUGUCAGCCAUGUUGAAUUAGACGAGAUUGUUAUGGAGGUUAUGUUCUUUAUGCGUCUUUUAAAGCACUUAACCUAACUUAAAUUAAAUAAAAAUUCCAAUUUUAUAGAAAUCA